CUGUUCUUUAUGAAAACAAGAUGGCUCCUGGGAGCUCCUCAUCUGUUUGAAUACGAGAUUAGCUGAAAAAACCGCCGUACAAAACCCAAAAGGCGACAGAGUUCAAGUUUUUCCGCGAGACUGGAAUGGCUUCGGAUCUGCAUUACCUUUAAAUUUAGAGGAAUCCAGUUAAUGUUUCCGGCGCUGGUUGUUUUUGCAAUCUAAACUUGUCCUCGCCGUACGUGUUAUCGUUUGUGAUUAGUAAAAUACGUCUUUGGUGUAUAUAUUCUACGGACAUCAGCUGAAAAACCUGAGGCAGGAUAAUGAUCAAAUUCCCUAGACGUGGUAUCCAGUGUCAUCUAAAAACUUGGAUUAGUAUCUGGUGUUACGAGUGAACCAUUACGAACAUGAAUGGUUUCCAGUAAACUCAAGAUUAAGGACAAGUUAUUGGUCCAGAUAAAAUGGCCGUGAAUACAACCUCGGUAUUCAACUGGACAAACCUGACAACAUCAGCGCCGCUUGCACCGUUGAUCCCCACUACAGGGCCUCGCACGUUUGGGCCUCCUAUUUACCCAGAGAGAGAUGGGGGGAUAGUCCUUCUUAUAGUGGCAUGUCUUUGCUCCGGUUUAUGGCUCAUUUACAUGACAUUCUACCAUUCAAGGCUACUUGGCUACAUUCUGACAGAAUUUAUCAAUUUCAAGUACAUGAAAGAAGGGCAUUACUUCCAGAUAGGAUCAUUUUCCUUUUCAAUCUUGUCUGGUAAAAUAAUGUUCAGAGAUGUCAAGUAUAUCACUAAGGACCUUAGCUUUAGGGUUGUUGAUGGAUAUGCAAUAUUUAAAUACUGGUUGCCAUAUAAGCAAGAGGAGUCAAAGAAGCCAUAUCCACUUGACCAGACCAGCCAUGGACAAGAAAACAGUGAGCAGAGAUUGAACAUUUGGCUAAGCUGUGUUGAGUAUCAUGUGUACAGUAGAUCUGGCCUUUACACCAAACUUGAAGAUCUUUUUAGAUAUGAUAAAUAUGGGGAUGCAGCAAAAUCAAAUCAAAACAUCCACGCAGUAAAUGUAACGGAUCCAAUAAAUGUAGAAAUUGGGAAGGAAGCACAAGAGCCUGAAGGACGCAGUAGUCUGCCAUCAUGGGUACUGGAUCUAGUGCCUGCUGUCAGAUUUGAUAUCAAUGUGGGGAAGAUUGCGUUUGGAAAUAGACUGUUUGAGACAACACUUGGAAUUCAAUUUGAAAGUGCAGUUGGAAUCUACACCACAACACAGCCCAACUCGUCUGUGGACCAAUUCAUGCACCUCGUCAAGUGCAAUGGCAGGAAUGUGAGAGUGAUGCUGUUCCCAAGCCCAGGCUAUAAUGGUCCAAGGGAUGAGCCCCCACGCUUCAUGGGAGAUGGGUUUGUGGUUGUCCAGUCUGGUGACUGCCGAAUUACAUACUACAUGGAUGAGCCAGGCGUUGUUCCCGAGAGUAAGGGUGAAGGCAACCUUACAGAAAUCCCUGAUUCAGACCCCAGCUGGGGAAUAGACAUAGUGUUUGUUAAAAGCACUUCAAUAUGCUAUGGACCCUGGGUGGACAGACAGAGGGAGGCACUCCAGCGUUUCUUCUACCCUCUGGACUACCAAGAAAUGGCUGUCACAAAACCCCUUGUUCCUGGCCAGCUGCGCAUCCACACAGGACUUGACAUCAAGUUUGACUUUGAGAAUGAAGCAAGUUUAGAUAUACUGUUUUCCAAGAACCAGGAAACCCGUGCAGUGCAUGUUUGUGUUGGGGCUGGGUCGCACAUUGGGGUUUAUCAGCCCUGGACCGUCAACGACUAUGGCUAUACCACAUCUGUCGUCACCAAGUUGCUUAACGUGGAUGCAAGCACAAGCAUGUCCUUUCGCAACUUAUUCGAGGCAGACACCCUUGACCUUGCAUUCCACAUGUCUUUUCCACGUGUUUGGAACCAGACCCAGCACUGGGCAUGUGACGUCAACGUUCACAAGGUCACGUGGUACUUUGUCUUCACCCACAAGUGGUACUUCCAAGAAUUGCUUGAGGACUGGUCAGUGAACUAUCGGCCGGACCUUCUGACGUUUGUCCCAUAUGAGUGGCAGUUUAACAUCGUGCUGCACGACUUUGAGAUGAUUUGGAUCGCGAACGAACACAACUGGAUUGAGUGCUCGUCCAACCCCAGGCAGGAGAAUGCCGAACUUGCCUUCUGUGGUGAAGUGUUUGACUUGACCUUUGUCCUUCAAUUCUUGCGCUUCCUGCCAGAGUUUGAAGACAUCAAGUUCUUCCUACAGGUUGAAAAGCUGGUGGCGCGUGCAUGCCUUCCUGAAUACGACACCCUUCGUAGGAGCUUCCUCUCACUCUCAAGGACUUCUAACAAGCGUGGACCCCAGGCUGCUGGCAUGCGCUCACGGUCAUCCACCACCACAGCACUGCCGGAGGAAGGCAUUGAUAGCGGUGACGAAACCACCACGGGCAUGGGGGGAGGGGACGGGAUGUUCACUAACAUAUUCCGGCGAUACACAGACGUCAGUCGUGGAUGGGUGGAUGUCAUGUCCGUUCCCAUCAUGGGGUUGUCUUUAGGUUACAUGUACCACCCUGUUAUCCCGAAUAGCAAGUACGACGUCCCUCGGGAUCGACCACUGCUAUGGGAGCCCUUGGAUAUGGAGCCGGACGUUAUCACGCUGGAGCUGGAGGCGGGGCCUGCUGCACUCCGCCUGUUUGGGUCCCUGCUCAGGAUUUUGAAUGGGAUCAAGGAGAACUACUUCGGCAUGGAUCAGGUGUUCCAGGAGUGUGUCUCAUUGAUCAAUGCUAAGGGCGCGGGCGAGGGGCUGAGGACCCGUGUAACCACGCCCGAGCCUGUGCGAGAGACAAUCAAUAUGUUCAGCUUGCGUCCGCUAGAGGCAAACUUAUACAUCAGCUUGUACGACUUCAAGACGGAGCUCACAAAGCAUUGCGGCCCUAAUGAGCCUUCAAGCCCACUGCUGAUCAUGGAGCGGUUGACAUUCGAGAUGCACAAGACGUACAAAGAAACGAGGCUGCAAGUACACUUGACUCCAAUGACCAUCCUGGUGUCAGACAACAACGAGCGUGGCCUGAUGCACCAGCACCUGUCCAAGGGCCAUUUAAGUCUGUCCGGAUUCCAGAUGCGUGGGCAUGCCAUGUUUUCGGACAAGGGGCUCCCGCCAGAUUCAGAGACUUUGGAGUAUGCAUGGCUGGUUGAGCUGCAGUUUGGCAUUUUGUCUGGAAAGAUUACUAUACCACAGAUUCAGUCAUUGGUCAACUGGGGACAGACCUUUGUCUUUCACCUUCUUAACGAGGAGAAUUCAUUCGAGCCUUCUAGACCUUACCAGAGAUGCAUCCAUGGCAACUACCAAAAUCUGUGCACAGUCAAUGCAAAGCCAACCACUGAGAACAAGGAGGAGGCGCCCUGCUCUGCGGCGGUAGAAAAAAAGGUCUUCAAGCGGUCUGGGUCCUGGUCGAAAGGAAACAAGGGAACGGAAUCCAAAGGGGCCGGUAAAGGAAAGGGGCGUAAGAGGUCUGUGGUUGAGGAUGAUCCUGGCGAGGCUGUUAAGAGCUCAGACGAGCUGUGUAUCACUGAAGAUGACAUCAAGUACCGCAUGACCAGGGUAUCCCUUGAGAAUGUGGAUGUGUACAUAGUUGAGACAGGCGUUGCCUGCAAUCUAGAGAUUUCCCCCCUGCGUCUUGCCACGUGUAAUCUCCAUUCAGCAGUUCCGUCUAGCGGUUUGAGUGCGUUUUUGCAAGCCGUCAAGAUCCGUCAAUUUGUGCUCGCCCCAUUCCCCUUGUCCGAGGAUCCUAUGCUCAGCGACGUGCACAAGCGCAUGUCUGUGUGUGAUGACGUCAUCUGGCUAGAGGCGGCCUCCAUGGAACUUGGUCCGAUCAUCUCUGACGUUGCCUUAGCAACUGAUAAUCUAGACAAUCGGUUCAGCCAGAAAGAUUUCCUUCAGCAUCACGAUCAUGCCAGCCAGCGGUUGUGGUUUCUAUGGGAACCGUCCGAGAGGCACCCGAACAGACGACAUGGCUGCUGCGCAUGCGUAGGGGGAUGCAAUUUUUUCGGCAAGAAUGUAAAUGGACCACGCUUCUUUGUGGCAGAGAAACUGGAUGCUAGUUACAACGACACAGGUAUUGGUGGAUUCGGGAGCGAAGGCGGUUUCUAUGACGAUGCCAACCUUGGCGAUCAAGGUAGCAAGGCUCUCAUGUACUCCCGGGAUGCUCUGGGAUCCUCAUACAUGGAUGCCAGCCCCAUGGGCUCGGUGGAAGCGUUUACGCGCAAGCGAUACCACGGAUCAGAGUCCAGCGGUUCUCCCAAGCUUAGACCUGCGCAUGCACGCUACCGUCACGAUACAGAAGCGACGACAAAUAUGGAUAUAGAUGAAGAUGGUAGUGGUGGAGGAGCAACGUCUAGACUCAGCUGGAGUAGUUCUCUUCAGAAAGUUUCAUCCAGUAUUACUAACAUGCAUCAACGCAUGCGCAAUGCGCGUGGAAACUUACAGGGUUCCCGUCAAGGGCUGAACAGGUCGCAGUCCAUACAGUCUGGCCGACCACCUCUCCCUUCAGCCUCGUCUCAGCGUUCAGUGGCUAGUGAUGGAUCGUUCUAUUCCUGUGGCAGCUUGCUCGAUGAGACCAACAACAGUGAAGGGUACCCGCUGUACAGGGCCGCAUCUGCCGAGUCGUUCAUCUCAGCUGUGGAAUUCCCGGGAGACCUGAUGCAGUUCGAAGAUGAGGCCACGUACAUGUCGCGGUUCCUUGUCUCAUGUCCCCACCUCGUGCACCGCUACUCACAGCAUCUCUCGCAGCUUGAGUGUCUGAACUGGAGCAUGCCCCAGACUAUCGCGCCGGACAAGCGCAUCUUCAGCUUAGUGCAAAAUCUAAAGGCCACCGAUUCUGAUGAAAAUUUUACACCGCCCGGCGUACCGCAGUUCAAUUAUCGCAAUGCCCGCAGGCUCGAGCUCCCACUUCUUGUGAAGCGUUACCAUAGGAACCAGCGUGAUCCAAAAAGCCCGGAUGACGACGCAGAUGUUAGCUCCACCAGCUCAGGGUCUGUGUAUGUCAGCCAUGACACUGUGCUGGACAUGGCUACGCACGAGAAGAAAGGCAACGCAUCUGGCAGUAACGAGGUCAUAGACCAGAGUGAGCAAGAUUCGGUGCGCAAAGCUCGUUGGAAGUCUGCCAUGAACGAGGGCGACGUGAUGUCCGCUAGCUCUACUGACACCUCCCCUGUCGGUACCCUGACGAAAAGGGCAUCACUGUCCAGGCAGAACAUGGUGGUGUUGAGGUUUGACGGCGAAGUAAACAUGCUGGUGUCACCCUUGCUACUGGACGCGUUACAAAGAUACAUAUCUUCGGUCACGCGGCAAGAUAGAAUGCUGCACCCUGCUACAGUAAUAGAUUUGGUGCAUGGCAAAUGUACAGACGCUGCUGAGCACAUGUACCGCAGGCGCCUAGCAGACCCCUCAAAUUCCGUUGUACCUAGUGAAGCGCCGAAAGAAGACCCGUCCAAACAAACGGUAUUAUACAUGAGCACUUCUAAGAUCAACGUCUGUUUUUUACAAGCCGCAAUACCGGAAAUAGAAGCACACAAAGACAAGAAUAACUUUCCAGGCACACCCACAGGGGAACCUGUGCCCUCGAUUUCGCUGCUUGCAGGUUGCAUCAGCGGUAUAACCUCUGAGGUGCUGACCGAGCAGAAAGCAGCCGCUGAGGAGACUGAGGAGAGUGGGGAGAGGAAAGACUGCAAAGGCUGCAAGGAGCGGCGAGAAAGUGCUGAGAAGAACGAGAAGAAGGACAAGAAGGAGAAGAUGUCAUGUGUAGUGGAGAUUGAACCCCCAAAGAAUGAACAACCGUCCAAGAAAGUGAUCCAUCGGAACACAUCGACAAUCGGUAGCAUCAAAUGCAGUCAUGUUCAGUUCCAGCUGCGAAAGCUCUGUGACCACGCAGAACUGGAGAAUAGUGUUACCACAGCUAUCCCUGAACCAGCGGCAAAGGCCAAGUUCAAUGUAAAUGGAGAACACCUGAAGGGGUACGUUGACGAGACAAGCGGCGAAGAGUUGCCCUCUGGCACGUGUCUGAGCCUGCUGAUGCUCGAAUGCGGCAUGGAUAACAUAUCCAUUCAGGGAGGUAGCGAGUGUGGAAAUGGACAAGAGAUCAUGCCCAAGAUCCGCCGACGCCGACGAUCUGUGCAUCGGGAUGCCGAGCGUAAAGCUCAAGCAACAGACGAGGACGUAACAUCAGGUGAAGGUGGUGGAAUGUUUCAUGGCUUUAGUAACCCCAUCUUUCAGCGUGAAAAUCCAUCCUUGGAUAUAGAGGCUGCCUUACCCGCUGACCAGCGCAAGUCAGUGGAGAGUGGGCUCAGCUCCCUCACCUCAUCUACCUUAAGCUUCUUAUCAAGUUCAAGCGGCAACAUGUCCGACAUUGAGAGUGAUGGAUCGUACAGGGACGAAGAGGCCACUGUUCCACUCCUUAAGACAAAGUCGAGAAAAGAUCCAAGUAAAGUGGCACCAGGGGAGAUACCCUACGAAGGACUGCCGAACAAACCAAAGGAUGCAGAGCUCGCACGUCGUGUAGACAUCACAAUCAAUGUAUCCAGCAUCUGGUUCAACCUGGCGUGCCCCACACCACUCAAGACAAUUCCAGCCAACUACCACCUUUAUAACAACCUGGUAACGACUCUCGUGCCAUUCACGAUGGCUUGGCUGCCUCGCGUGCUUGAGGUGAAGGAACAAGUGCGCACGCUGGCGGAUAACAGGAGCCGGCAUCUCAUGAGCGUGGUGGCGUGUCUAAUGUCACAGGCUCUCCCUGACCAUGGGCGUAUCCCUAAGAAGCACGGCGUCCAUUAUCUGUCGACCAAGAAAGCUCGAUUCUUACAAGAAGACCAUUCCAGUCAGCUUAUUUACGUACUGCGCAGACAACUGAUCGGCUCGAGGCUUAUCAAGGUCCGUACAGCGCUGGCUGUCAAGGAAGGAAUUCCUGCCAAUGACAAGCUCAGCAAGGGUAUAUUCGCGCUUGCGCGACAAUGGAAAUGCUUCCUGGCUGGCACAGAGAAGGGCGAGAUUCUAUUCUACGGCUCGCAUUCCAUUAAACGCCGAGUUGUGGGGCGUGGCGUCUUGACCGAGAGGGACCGGGCCAUACUCAUGAAGGAGGAGCAUGGCCGAGAGACCCUGGACACCAUUCACGAAGAUGCAAACGUGCAAGCGAAGGCUGAUGUUGUAGAACCUGUACAAGCAGUAAAGCCAAGUCAAGCCAAUGACAAGACAGCAGACGAUGACGCGUGUGAGCCUCCCCGCUCCCCCCGCGCAUUCACCCUGCCGAUUACCCCAGUCCACCUAGAACCCUCUCCCAGCACGAGCAGACAGCGCACGCCACUCCUGCGACAAGCCGACAGAACAGCAGACAGUGACUCAGACGAGUCAGACGAGGACAACACCCUGCCUCGGAACAAGCGCUCAGCGACCUUCCAUGGCGGCCAGGGCUUUAGACCUGGACAUAAGAAGCAGCUGAGUCUGUACAGCUGGCUCUCGAAUACUCCUACCCCAACAUCAGGCGCGGGAAAGCAGCAAGCAUCCACUUGUGGGACUGCGACCGAGAACAAAGCAGCAGCUGCUAGAAUGCCCCAGAUUAACGCUGCAGUGUCACCAGAUAAAUCAGAGCAAAGCACCGAUCUGUUCGCCGGUGACAUGGUCAGCGUUCCAACAAGCGGCAAACAGAUCCAAGAUGAGCGUGAGACGUUCAAGACGGUGCUGCAAGCGAUUGGCCUAAUGCCUAAAGUAGCUAAAGACGAGGAUACUGCUAGUACUGUCGCGUUUAGUACCAAACUCAAGUAUGUGCGAAUGGACCUUGUGAGUGGUGGGUUUGACAAUCUGACUAAAAGCAAAGGGAAGGGGGAGGGCAAGACCUCCGCCGCAGAUGAGGACAAGCCUUCUAUUAGCAAACAGCUAUUCAGUGAUGCCGACCCAGUCUUUCUCGCCAAAGAGUUCUGUUUUAAACUGGUACGAGAUAGGUUGCCGCACGGGGAGUCGGGCGAUGACCUGACUAGUUCCAAGGCUACCUCGGUUAAGUUCAAUGUCAGCUGCGGUACGAUCACUCAGCGGGUGAACCUAUCAUUUGUGCGUCUGACCAUACAGAUGGCGGAUAUGGUCGAGUUGCUGUUGAGCUAUUCCGAGUCCAAGGUUGCUAUGGACAGCACUGACGGUCCUGUACCAGAGUUCGCUCAGCUGUUUGUCCCCGGGAGCUCGCCCAGGCAGCAGCCCUCUGUCCCCAUGGUCAAGUGCUGGAAGAUCAUGUACCAAGUCUUAGACUUGUAUUCCUCUCUUCCAAGAGAAGCCAAGAAUAAAGGCUUUAUGAAAAGAGGUGGCUUUGCAGAACGAAUAUCGCCAGAAAAACCAUGUGAUGUACGUAUAGACAUUGAAGACGGCCCCCGCAGGCGUCCAUCGGGACCAGCCUCCCAAAGCACUCGCCAGUCCGAUAUUAGCCACAGGGACUGGCACGAGCUGACACUCCCCGACUACACCCUCUCAGGUGUGGUCACCCUACCCCGAACCCGACUGCUUGCUAUGAUCGGUGGACUGGUCCUAGAGACAGAAAUAAAAGACGUAAAUUCUUCAGUAACAAGAAGGGGCGAGAUGGAUGGGCCAAGCUUUGGUCAAUGUACGGGCUCUGUGUCUGCGCACCUUGGAAGUAUCAGUGUUUCCCUGCUAGAAAAAGUCCAACGGCAGACCAGAACUGUUAUAACAUGCCACUUGAAUCGUUCUCAUGCCUUAUACACAUCCUCACAUGAUCGUGAUCAAGAAAAGAACCUGGCAUUACUGACGCUUGGACUGAUCGAGAUUGACAUCCCGCAACAUCCGGUGGCGCUUCACACGAUGAUGACCCGCAGUUCGCGCGCGAUAUCUCGCCACAUCAGUGACAUACAGACUCAGCGAUCAGUGAUACGGUCAAUGGGAAGCUGGGAUGCGAGCUCGACGCGCAUCAGCCGUAGGAUCUCAGGGGUCCCAGCAGAGUUUGUCAAGCAGCACUUUGCCUCCCCAACUGGAUUUAAGGCUUUCUCCCCAAUGGAUAGCGUGGACGGGAACGAUGCUAGCAUGCCUCGGGUCACGUUCAAUGUAGUUCUCAAGGGCUUCACUCUUGGGGCCUCUCUGCUGCCGUCACUAAAAGCGGGCUACAGGAUCGGUCGGGUAUCGGCAAAUGGAUGCACCGGAAAGAACAGCCUGUUUAAAGUUUCCAUGCCAACGCACAGCCUUAUGUUCUCAUCAAAGGUCCAGUCCGUCGAGUCCAACAUUCCUUCAUCCACCGAGGUGGAGCUGCCGCCUGUCACAGUGUCAGGUGAUUUCACGUCCAGACCCUCCCGGCCAGCUAGAGGCGAAGCCAAACCUAACGCUAACAGAGAUUGGAUCCGUGUGUACUACACAGGGACCAAGGGGAGACUGAACGCUGCUGCUGAGGUCGGGGCGUUCCAGCAUAGCCUCACCACAGACUUGCUAAAUCAUCUUGUGUUUGUGCAGAAAAGCUUCAUGAAGGAAGUGAAUGAAGUGUUGCAGCGAGUGUCGGGCGAGAGCCAGCCUGUACCGCUAUGGCGGAGCGCGUCUGUGGAUAGCAUUGAUUCCACCAAAGAAAAGGAAGUGCCUAUUCUCUACUCAUUCAAACUUACUCUAAAGGGCAUCCAAGUGACGGCUACGACCCCGUCAUCAACCGCGGUACGACUGGAUACCGGGGUGAUGGCUCUUGAAGUGUCGAACGCUAUUCCGUCUCCCCCAGAGCCAGGACAGCUCAGGCAAAGUUACAGCUUCAUCAAAUUGUUUGGCAAAGCACAGGUUGAUGUGAACCUUUCACUUGGCGAGUUCACCAAGAUCCCAGUAGAUGAUACUGAUAACAGGUGCCUCUCGCAGAGCCGCAUCAUCGACGACGAGCUGGAGUUCGUGCAGAUGGCCUACUUCCGCACCAACAUAGGCGUACGUAACUCCUUCCAAGAUGUCAGCUCCACUCGCGGAACAGAGGACAAGGAGACUUUCCUUGUUACACUCACACAGCCGAAAAUCUACGCCCAGCAGAUUGCAUUUGACAAGGCGGUUCUGGUCUACUUGAACUACAAGAAUGCAUACGAGCAUUGGAACGAGCAAAGAAUGGCGCUCAAUGAAGAGUACCUCUCGUCGAUUAACUCCACUGAAACGUGUUCCUGCAAUGAUGUUCACACUGCGACCCAGGCUGUUCUGGAGAAACUUCCAGCCCGCACUCACGCCGCCCAGUUGUCAGGAUCCCUGUUUCUGCAGCUGAACAUUGAUAUGCUUGGAAUAUGUAUACCGCUGUACAAUGCUAAAGAUGGCGCAGCUCAAGCAUUUCAAAUGAGAUGUACAGACCCGGAGCCCUCUGCCGCGAUGGUGUUGUCAGUGGAUGAGAUGAUGCUGUCCUGUUGCUCCAGCGCCUCGUUCGUCAGUAAAGGCAAAUUCAACCGGUUCUGUCUGUGGUUCCCUGACAAGUUUGACAAACAGGCGAGCGAUUGGAGACCCAGCUCCGAUGGCAUAAUCAUGAAUUCAUAUGUGGUGUCACAAGGAACAUAUGAACUCUGUUCAAGGACCAUCCGUUACCCACUUUCUCAAGACAUGGCCAAGACAGGCAAAUGGGUGAUGUCUGUUCGGUGGCAGAUGUGUGGCGUUGAAAUCCACUGCGACACGGACAUCGGCAAACGACUCUCAUCACUCGCCAAUACCAUGACGUCACUAGCAGGCGACACGGACAUCGCCAACAUGGAGUCUGUUGCCGAGGCAACAGAGAAAGACGCUUCGCACGCCACCGUGAAAGGACUGGACGAGGUGGACUCUUUGGCAAAGACUGAGAAGCACAGUUCAAGGAGAGUUGAGAAGGACAUGUGGGAGCAGGCGCGCAAAGUUAACGAACUCAAGCGUCAAGUUAAUGUCAAAGGCUGGCUCUUGGAGAAGGAGACUAAGCUCUUACAGGAGCUCGAGAGUGCGGUAUUCAACGAGUUCCGCAAAGACGUCCGUAAAAAGCUUCGUCGGCACUCCAGGGGGCAAUCAGGGUAUGCAAAUCGCGGAGAGACCGGUAAAAAAUCGCACGACCCCCGCAGAGCCAUGUCCGAGCAGGUCAAAGGGUCAAGGUCACGCUCACGCCUUCACGGGCGCAUCUCCGGAGACGCGACAGACGCGGAACUUGAGGGCAGCGAGAUGGUCGAUCUAAGCCACUCAAGAAAGCGGUUAAACAGAAAGUUGAACACGACAGACUCGUACAUGCCGCAGCAAGCCUACGAUGAGGCAGACGCGAGCAUGGAGUCCAGCUUGACGCGACCAACGGACGCGCUAAACUCAACACCAGGGCCCCACCUGGCAUUCACCGAAGACGAUGAAACUGUGCCCACCUACCGCAGCACCCCAUACAAUAAGGACCAAACAGCCCCUGUAGUUCCCAGGGUGACCUUCAAUACAGCAGACGUGCAAGAUCAAAGUAGCGAAUCACCUCGGCCAGCGGCACUUCCACAGCAGAACCUCGAUUUCGAGCUUGACGUCACGGUUGAUAUCGAGGGCGGGAAGUGCGUGCUGCACACAUGCGACACUGCAGACAAGGAUGAGGCAACCGAGACCAAACCAUCAGCCAAACGUGUCCUCUCUGCUGACCCUACCCGACCCAAGGUCUUCUCCCCCAUGUACCCGACCUCGACCAGCACCAGUGGACGGCGCUACAAGAGCAGCGCGACAGACGUCACCUACCAGCUAAAAGACACGGUUCUCCUCCUCCCGGGAGUGGACGUGCGAAUGCAGUACUCCUCGAGCUUUGACAGCGAGGGACCGACCACCUCUCCCUCUAGCCCCGCCUGGACCACGACCUCAACCUUGUGUGCAGAUGGCAGCAUGGCGUCCACUCUUGUCGGGUCUGAGGCUCGGACAUUCGACAGCAGCCAAGAACCAGCUUCGUCGGCUGGGGCAGUGCGUAAGAUGGUGAAAAGCGCUGGGCUGUACAUCUGGGUUUCGCUUCAGUCUCUGCCACAGGAGAUGGUCCUGAAGCCCUCGAUCAUCGACUUCGUGGAGCAGGCCAUGGAGCCAAUCAUCGUGCCAGACACAGACGAAGGUGUAGAUGGUGCCACCCUGUCUGAUGAUGGGACGGAUGACGAUGAGGCGGGUGCUGCCGGCUCCAUGGUCUCCUCCUCUAUGUCUGAGUACUCUUCCUUUCCCGUGGACGUAGUUGUCGUCGUUAGAGUCCAGCCCUCCGAUAUACGCUUCAGCUGUCAGCCGGUGUCUAAGGUCGAGUGCAUGCUGCGUUUACCCGCUCUCGACGUCGUCUUCUCCUCCAAGUCAAGCCCCAACAAGUACCUUCUACAAGCCCCCACCACGCGUACCCCAACUCGGGACACUUCCCCACGAGGUCUAAGUAGAGAAGGGAAGCAACCCUCUGAGGGUUCGGACUCCUCGGCCCCGACCUUCGACAGCGGUGGCAUCAGCUUCACCGUGUGCCUGUCCAGCUUUUCCUUCAGCAUUUUCCACCCGUACGGCAAGCAGCACACGGGGGUAAGCCGGGCAUCAAGCAGCCCUCUGGAUGGGGAUGCUGAUGCCUCUGAAGAUAGCCGCGCCCGGUUCCGCUUCACCCCCACUCAGCCCAUGUCUGGCAAGAAGGAUUCGUUGAGCCUGGAUGUGGAGUUCGUGAAGUUCAACCUGUCUCGUAGACGUGUUGCUAGCGCGGUGGGCGGGGAAGAGAGGGGUAGCCGUGGCGGGUCACCAGACCUGCUGUCUGGGGUUAGCUCGUCUACUGUGGUCAAGGUCUCGGGCAUCUGCGAUAUAGGGUCAGCGGCGUUCAACUAUGACAUGCGCCGUCUAAAUGAGAUCCUAGAUUUCCCGAAAGCGUGGUAUAAGCGCAGUCUGAUGAGCCGUCUUUUCCUGGGGAAAGAAGGCUCGUACGCAGCCAAGUCACAAGCUAUGGACAUGCCGGACCCCCCGGCUAGUACAGCUGCCACAGGGGGGAGAGUGGAGAUGGAACACAAGCGAAGUUCAUCUCCGGUAAUGAUGUUGGAUUUUGAGCGAACCAAGGCCAAGCCAUCCCGGCCAAUUCUAUCUCGAUCCAUGUCCGAAGAAGACCGUCGUAAAACUACCACACCCACUAGGGCAAAGUCCACUCAAAGGAAGACUCCUUCAUCCGGUGGAGGGUUCUUCAGCUUCUUGCCAUCAUCCCCAAGCCUCUUCCGGUCCAUGACCAUGUCCGGAACUAAUUACGGACUGUUGACUCCCGGACACGCUUCUCCGCCGACGCCUCGACGGCAGACUAUGACAGGGCCCCGAAAAAGGCCGGAGAAGCCGCUGCAUUCUGUUGUGGAGCAGAGCUCAGCGUCCGAUACCGAGGUGGACGGACCUCUGUCCCAUUCCUCCUCGUCGAGUGCUGGCUCCAGGUCGAAGUGGGAGACUGUGAUCAUUGUCGCGCUGAACCUCUCACGUCUAGAUGUCAGUACCAAUAUGGGUUCCAUCAUGGGGCAGACAGUAUGGAGUACCAGUGAUAUUCGUGCCCAGUCCCACCUCACGCUCACUAACACAGGCCGCCGACAGCUCCGAGCCAAGGUGAAAAUCCGACAGGCGAUAUGCGAAUCGCGCAGCGGGAUCGUAGGGGGUCAUAUCGAGGUCAACGAGCUCGUGUCAAAAGCUAAUGUGACGGAGGAGCGUGGUAGUCCCCCGGAGCAUGUGGUCUCCCUGUGCAUGAGGUACGCAGAAGCACGUGUUGACUACAUGGGCACUUGUAUCUUGAUGGGAAACAUGAGCGCAUUCAGGAUCGACUUGCAAGACGAGUGGACGCUACACGACGCCAACAGUCCCUCCACAGACGUGCUGUUUGAGGGCGAACGAGACGAGCCCGUCAAGGCCAAGAUCUUCAUGCACGGAGACUUGUGCUGGACUGACUUCAAGUUGAUGAUCUCCCGGUCCACCACGCCUGACCUUGUCAAGAUGACCGCCAAGAUCCAGGACUUUUUUACCCAACAGCACCGCAACAGCAUCCGCGCGCUUUCUACGCUCCGCCCGCCAACUCAGUACAACACGAUGAACAUACUGAGCAGCCUAACUGAGCCAGUCGCCCCCUCAGCCACGCAUCCUAAAGACAAAGACUUCGACAAGAACGGUCUCAAGUACCAGCAUUGGAGCAAAGUCCUGAACGCUGUGUGUGGGCUCAAGCUGAGUAUGCUUGGGAACCCUUUGCCUGAGCGAGGCGUGGUACUAGGCGGGAGCCUGGCACUUCGCGGUAAAGGUGUAUCUCUUGCUUGUUUCCAUGGCGUCAAUUUUCGCGCGCAGUCUUGGGUACUAUUCUCUCUUUCGUCACCAUAUAUGGAGUUCGUCAGUAAAGUGUGCUCUGAAGAGAAGAGCUGCCAGGUUCGGCGCGUGCGCAGUGUACAGCAGCUAAUGAUCCGCCUUGGGAAUGGGGACGAGGAUCAAGCCGGGACCCAUUCACCGACAGCAACAACUGCAACCAACAUGGCGGUGGUACGCAAGGUGGCCAGGGGUCGCCGUAACCCCCCGUCCAUGGGCAGUAGCGUGCAGGAGUGGCUGGGCUACGUGUGCGCCACAGGGGAUGAUGACUUCCUCCCCUCAGACGAGGAGCCGGCCAGGCAGAGGUCAGACUCUCCUGGUGGCAGUAAGAAGACCACUUCCACCCCGACCCGCGGCAGGUCUGCCAGUUAUCGAUACGAGCACGACUCUGAGACAAUCUUUGCGCUACCAAAAUUCGAGGUCAAUGUCAAGACCGAGCACGACUUACCGAUGAGUGCGCAUGCACCAAGCUGGGUCAAGCGCAAGACUUCUGUACCCCGCGUGUUGACCACGCCCUCACCGCACGUGGUGGAGUGCUCGUUCUCGUCGUGUUUUAAUGACAGCCUGUGUGUCACCAUGGACGUGGGGCUACUCUUCUUUUUGCACGACGUGGUGCAGACUUAUAUCAAAGAGAACGAGACCACAACCUCAGGAUCCCUGCCACGUGGGAUGUCCCCUACAACCCACGCCCGCAAUAUUCCGCCGUCUAGUGCGGGCCCCUCGGAAGAGCGUGACAAAACCCCAAAGGCUGUGGACCAGCAGAAGCGAGUGCGGCAGUUCCGCAGCAAGGCCUGGAAACUAGAGCCGAAGGUGCGUUUUCUCUCGUGGGCCGGCAAGAACAUGGACCCGGUCAACAUGGACUGGGUCCUACAGAAGCUGGGCUUCACGCAUGCGCGUCUGACGAUUCCCAAAUGGGCGCAGCGUGGCGCCAUGGACCCCAUGGACAUUUUUCUGUCGGUGCUGAUAGAGAGGUUAUUGGCGGGAAUGAAGGAAAGCUCCGCCUACCUUGAUGACGAGCCGUGACAUCAUUGGACAUGUUUCUGUCAGUGCUGAUAGAGAGGCUAUUGGCGGGAAUGAAGGAAAGCUCCGCCUACCUUGAUGACGAGCCGCGACGUACAAAGCUCAAAUGCUUUGAGGUUGAUCAUCAAUUCAUGGUCACUUAUCUCCAUGCUUCUUACUUUCGUGCUUUUACUUUCUUAUUUAAGUGGCUUGUUGUAGUGGUCCCUACUCUCACCAGCCUCAAUAUUCAGCUUCUAAACAUCUUACUUUUAUUUUCCAUUUUAAGGCUCACCUAGGUCUUUAGGAUUUUAUAAUUGUGUAUUAUUAGAAAAAGAAAUGUAAACAAUAUGUCAUUUGUAAUCUUAAUAAGUGAAUAAAUGAUUACAAAUAG